CAGCAAUAUUCGACAAAUACCAUGCACGCGCAAUAACAUUUUCCGACAGCGAUUCUGUCCCAUUGCAAUUAGGCCCCAGCCUUUGACACGACUCUUUAUUCUUCACCGCGCUCAACGGAGCCGCGGUGCUCGCUAUCUGUCAAAAUGGGCAUCGUCUCCUACCUAAUCACAAAUAUAUCUCCGCUAUUCCUCGUCAUAUCCCCAAUUACAAGCUAUUCCGAUCAAAUAUGGAGCAUUCACAAGACGCGCACAUCGCAAGGUUUCUCACUUGACAUUCCCCUGAUCAUGCUAGUCUCAUGUAUUCUCCGAGUAUUCUUCUGGUUCGGUUCGCGCUUCGACACGGCUCUUCUCGUCCAAGCCCUAAUCAUGAUCGUCAUGCAAAUCAUGCUGCUUCAUGUCGCGCUCACGCACCGGCCACAAGCGCACCACAAGGAAGGUGUUGCACACACCCCCUUUGUUGGAUCGCGAGAAGGCGAUAUGCAUGUCAAUAGGCCGUACAACUUUUGGCAAUGGCGCUCGAGACGCCCAUACUGGUCUUUUCUGGGAUAUAUGACGGUCACGCUGAUUGCGUUACAAGUCAUGAUUGGAAAUGUUCCCUUUUACGUGUCGUUAGUGGGAUACCUGGGACUUGGAAUUGAGGCCAUUCUGCCGCUGCCGCAGGUAUUGGCGAACCAGAAAGCGCGGUCUUGUAAAGGUUUCCGCUUCAGCGUGCUGGCAAGCUGGCUGCUUGGUGACGUGAUGAAGAUGAUGUUCUUCUUCUUUGCGGAGUCGAGUAUCCCCUGGCCGUUUAAGAUGUGUGGUCUUUUCCAAAUGGCCUGCGACUCGUUCUUGGGGCUGCAGUACUGGCGCUUCGGUGCCGGACCGGGCGCAGGCGUACCGGCCGGCUUAAACGUGUCUUCUCCGGGCCGCUGAUGGCGCCGUACCCUUAAUUCCUUUUAAUUAGAAGGGCGUGUGUUGUCCAUAGCCCAUUACAUGUAUUUUUUCCCCCAAUAUGUGGGCUUACGGGAACCUCGGGUUGACGGCCGGAUCUGCCGGUGACCCUGCCUCUAAUGGUUCCCGUUCUUGACUGGAUAGA